GACAGUCAGUCAGUUUUGUUUCGAGUCUGCGCGGUGGAAGUUGUGCCCACAUAUUCACGUCCCGUCCGUCACACAGUUCGUGUUUAAAGUGUCUAUUUGUAGUUUCCUUGCAUGCUGGUGAACACAGACGAAAAGGCUAAGAGAUGAGCCCGAGUCCGCGGCUGGGAAUUUUCUGGCUAGUGACAUUGUUGCUCUUGUCUAUCGUUGGUAGCCGUGAAUCCCAGCUGCGCAUUGGCAAAGCCAUCAAUAUAUUUCUACGUUAUGGCUAUUUGGGCAUAUCGAUGCGUGUAAUACCCUACAAUGAUAAUGUCGACUCAGAGCGUUGGAUAUUCAAGGAGCCAACAUGGAAUAUUUACAAGAACAUUACUGAUCUGACUGAGAAUCGUGAGGAUAAUACUCCUGGCAUUUUCCAUGGUGACUUCCACAUGGAAUUCUGUGAGAAUCGUCGCCAACUGUUUCAGGCAUAUUUUCGUGAUUUUACAAUUGAACGUUUGGACAAGCCAUGGGAAGCCUUUACGGGCGGUUGGUUUCCGGAGAAUGCAGCCAAAAAACUUGGCAUUAAUACCUCCUUUAUACAGGGAGAUUACUCAUAUGUAUUGGUGCGUGUAGUGCGGUUCCGGGAAACUGGAAAACUGAAUUCACAAAUACCUAUCGAUCAGCCGCUUGAGCCGGAUGUGAGAGCUCGCAUAGAUCAAUUGGAAAUUGGGAAUCUAACAUCGGCCAUACGUUUCAUGGAGUCCUUUGGCACACACUAUGUCAACUCCUAUACCACUGGGAACUCUCUAUAUCAAGUAUUUGUAUAUAGUCGCAAAAACUAUAAAAUGAUUAAGGAUCGCAUCAAGAGCAAGGGUCUUAAUGGUCUAUCGAAAUUGGAUCUUUACAAUUAUUUUGCACCAUGGUUUGCCGAGCAUCUGGGUCAAAUACGUUCGGCCAGUGCCAAUGCAACUGUGGAACGUUGGGCUCGUCGCAAACUGCAGUAUGAGUACUAUGUGGUGAAAUAUGUGACAUUGCUGAAAUUGCAUGGAAAUAGUACGCUCUUGAGAUCCCUGGAUACGCUUCUGGGAAACGAUGCCAUUCUGCAAUUGGAUCUUAAGUCACUCAAUGUGGUCUUUAGGGAGCAACCUGAGAAAGAGAGAUGGUUCCACGAAGUGCUCGAUAAUAAUAUGAAACUGUGGGAAUUUAAUAUGCCACAGAAUCAUCCAAGCCGUUAGUUAGUCUUUCUUUUCCAAUGGCAAAAUGUCUGUACAAAAGUUCCUAGAUGGAAGUUGAAGCGGCUAACAUACAUACAUAUAUAUCUGCAUAUCUAUAUGUAAAUGUAAUUGUGUAAUUGUAAUUUAGAUUUCUAGAGUGUAAUUGCUGUUUUGCCUGUGAUAGUUUUUAGAUAGAUUUAUUAAAUGGACAUUUGACAUGCA